CCACGAUCCUCAAGAUACUAACGUCUCUGCUCGCUUUUGAACUUAACGACUUUCUGCAACGAAUUUCUGACGACGGUCACACGUCAUUGCUUGUUUUAUUCUACGAUUUUAGGCCAAUUUUUACGACAUUUUGUUAAGUUUCUGAACGAUGUUUUCCAGUUUACGCCAGUCGAAACGUUCUACUUCUCCAAAAUCGGUGGAGACACCUCGGAUCGUCCCAUCGAUUCGGCUCACGACCGCUACGCCUGUAGCACCAACUCAUACACCUCUUACACCUGGAGGCGAUGGGGUGGGUCCUGGACGUGUAGGUCCCAAGAGGACGCUUGUUUUGCAUGAAGCUCCACCUCCACUUCCACUUCCUCCUCCUCGACUCGUCAUCCCCAUGUGCGAGAAUGGUGCGCCUCAGCGACCGCCUUCCCGAGCAACAUCUCGUUUUGGCUCGUCUAAGCUAAGGAUAUUUAUGGACUCAACCUCAUCUAAUGAUGAAAUGCCGAAGCUAGUCAAGAAGAAAAAGUCUCGUGUCGCUCUCGACUCCAUCAAGUGGGCUUUAGGUGACCGCACGAAUGGCACAAAGGAACUCCAAAAGGACGAUAGGGAAACAAAGCCCCGCGCCAGCAUCGAUUCCGAAAAGGAGCGCGAGAAAAAGAAGUGGACUAUAGGCCUAGGAAAGAAGGACGCCAAAGACAAAGAGAAGCUAGGUCGAGGCACCACUGUCGCUGGUACACAGCCAUCGAGCGUCUCGCAAGGGUCGUCUCAACCGACUUCGAUCUCAUCCGCGUACAUACUCAGUCCGACCACCCCAUAUCUUUCCCCCGACUCAGCUUUGUCCCCCACUGGGACUGCACAAUUCCUUCUUAAAGAACCCGAGCAAAACCGUGGUGGAUCUCUUGCUGUGCGAGCGAUGCGCUCAGUUCGCUCCAUGGCCAGAAUAGGUGGUUGGGGUCGCGAUUCUCCUGCAACUUCAGCCCAGCUGGCAAAUAAGUUGAACAAAGGGAAAGGGGGCGUUGCCCGGGCGGUUGGUAGUGGAGAGUCAUGGCUGGCUGGCGCACCGUCGCCCCAAAGAAAUGCCACGAUUAGUUCGAGGCAUUCUGCUACCGUUCGUGCCAAUGGUGUGCGUCAGACAUCCCUAGAUGAGGAAAAUCGUCCAUUACCUACCAUCAAAUUUCCAUCUCCUGGCAAAGAGGAGAAAAAGAUGCGUCCUGUCUCUGCCUCCUCCGCGUCCAGCGGGGAGAGCGUGCUCCCCCGGGAAUCGGCGUCUACAAGGGGCCCAUCCAUCGACUCCCAUAGGACGUCAAUGUCAUCACGUACAUCAUCGGGAGCUACUAAUUCACAACAUGGCUCCGUGACUCGGAAGACUGCGCGUCCUAGCCGUGACAAAGAUACGAAGAAUGGGGAACGUCGAAAACGUGGGGCGCUGUCUAACAUAUUCGAUAUGACGAGCGGUUCAAGUUCUCCCUCUACCAUGAACACCAAGGCAUCCACUCGCAAAUCUGGCUCGACCGGUUCUGUUGAGUCGUAUGGAGAGCCGAUCGCCGUUGAUGGAGCAACUUUUGAGCUAGUUCGCGCCGUUGAUCCGUUCUCUCCAUCGCGUGGUUCCGAGUCUUUCUUGCCUCCUUUGGCCGAGGUACCCCAACAGAUGAUCAAGGACGCGAAUCUUUAUGUUCCAGGCCACACUCCGGAAAGAAGACCUCGUCCGAGGCCUCUUUCAGAUGCAGCCCGACCACGGCCCACCGGCAUUGUUGCUAGUGACAUUCUAGACGGGGCUGGUCAGACUCUACCCCUCAAUAUGUUGACAGCUGCCACUGAGGAACUAUACGAUCUGAUCAACCGUCUCGACUUGAGUACAACUCCUGAGGCAAGCCCCGCAAAACGUUGGUCCCCUCACUCGAAAAACUUUACGCCGGACCCUAUGCCUGCUUUCGCGCUUCAUACCAUUGAACGUGCUCGUCAGAUUCGCUACCCUGACGUUCCGUCUUCAGUCAAACCAGACCGCACGUUUGAUGUUGACACGUCUUUUAGUUCUGGCAAGUCACAGGAAACUCCCAAAAAUCUGUUCAAAGGGCCAUUUACUGGAAGUUUGUCUGAGCUUCGGGGCCCUAUAUCCGUGGGCAAGGGUGCAUGCGAAUCGUUAAUUAAACAAGAGCCGAGCAUCACUUCACUACGCCCAUAUGACUGUGUGGCGUCUCGGAAUGAGGCCACCGUCAGAGGUUCCUCUCGCAUUGACCGACCGCGGGGCAUGUCCACAAGCAAUACGUCAUGUCAAGUCAGCUUCGACAGUCCGUUGAAGAACGUCACAAUCCGUAGGAAACGAAGACUCGUUCCUCAGCAACCUCGGGAACAAUCAUCAGCAGAGUCGCUGCACCAGCAACUUCGACCCAUUACAAGACCAGAGAUACGUCGCCAACUCGGUUUCAGCGGCACAAUGGGACCCACCGAUGAAGCGGAUGACACUGAGCAAACACAGGAGCCAUUCUCGUCUUCCGAGGAUGAGGCACCGGCCGACCCAGAUUCGGACAUACCUGAUGAGUUGCAAGUCAUCCUCUCAAGCAGCUGUUCUACCCGAUCAUUGGAUGAUACGCUUUCUAUCCCUCGGCCCCCUGAGUCGCCUUUGUCCGAUCACUUGUCUCUACCAGUUACAACAUCGGACUCGAACUCCUCUCCUGGUUCAUUACCAGGCCCUCAUUUUUCCCUAACGAUUACUGCGCCGUCUGGGAUCAGUUAUGAGCCAACAUAUUCAGAUGAAGAAGGCGACCAUAUGCGUGAGGACGACACUGGCAAGAAGAGCUUCGACUUCACCGGUGAACUUAACCGUCUGAAUCAAGGUGGUGUGCGACUUAGCUUCGUAGAACAGUUGGAAGAGGCUUUCAAGACACCGCAAGUUUUCCUUUCUGAUUCUGGCUCUGCGUCAGAAUCGCGCGCAACUUCCCCUGUCUCACUGGACUGGGAGCUCCCCGUGGAACCUAAGGCCAACUUCAAUCGAACUGGGGAGCUGAAUCCAGGCUUCCAGUUUGGCAAGCCAACAGCGCCGUUAAAUAUCGCCGUUCCCCCAACGAAGGGACUUCACUCUCGCACGAACACUGAGACGAGUAACUUAAGUGCUCGCGAAAUUGAGCUUCUCGAAGAUUUGGAUGCUUCAAUGUGCGCCUUGGUGACAUUAAACCUUUCCCUCGUCCACCCCUCGUCCUCCCAAAAUAACCUUACAGUUCGAGUGCCACCCGCCCACUCAUCCUCGGAAGUUAGCACCGAGAUUCCCUCUGCCGGCGAUCCGGACAGUUCUGCAUAUAGGAUUGCGAACAUUGACCUCUCCUUAAUCCACCCUUUAGGGACUAGCGAUCGCCACCCGGAAUCUCCAAAUUUUUCUUCGGAGCUGGAUAGACAGGAAGAGAGGUCAAUAGUUGAAUUGUCUUCCUCGCAAAGGGAGCGCUGUAUCUCAUUGGAAUCUGAUACGGAGUCCAAGCGGGAGGCUAGAUUCUCAGUCACAGACUGUGCCCCAUCCCAUAGCGGCCACAGUCGUGGAGAAUCCGUAAUGAGCAUGUCAUCUCUUGGAUCCAUUAUCGAUUCAGGAGUACCUGAUCCGUUCGGAUACCGAGAUGAAAUAGCUGGUCCUCCUCAAAUCCCAUUGCCCCCUGCUCCGUCGUUAGGUCAUUCCCACAGCGACUCACUAGCAAGUAUCCCUUCAAUGUCCAGUCUCGGCCGAAUCAUCAAGCCUGGCAGACGCAAUCCCUUCGGCUACGCGACCACUGACAACAGUCAUUCGCGAAGCAUCUCUCAAGCUACCGACUUCUCUCUGAACGUUGAUGACUCCAAUCCCAGGGAGCGAAAGGCGAAGGGCAGAAAAUCGACGGAUUCUGAGAAAUCGCAAUUCUAUUUUCAGAGCAGGCCUCCUCCCCUUCCAAUGCCUCUCCCGUCUACUAUUCAUGGGCAUGUCUGUGAUGACUCCGUGUCAAACACUUCACUCGGACCACCUGUGAGUCUUCACAAUGCGUCUUACCGGCGACACCAGCGCAAUCGGUCGUCCAAUGACAGUGGGAGCUCCAUUGCCCAUGCAUACAAUGUGCUGGGAGCAAAUGGCGGUCGCGCAAUCUGGGCAAAACAUCAGAGUGAUCGGUCCGUGGACAGCUUCUCCAGUGAUUUGUCGUUGCCUCGGUUUGAACGUCCUGGACUCGGUGAUAAAAUGUUGGAGAGCGCAGCUGAUUAUCAGGGCAUGCCGCUUACUGCUAUCACCGCAUCGCCGAGCGCAAGCGAAGCGGAGGACGCGCCGAGUUACGCACAACAAUCCUCUUUCGAAAGCGCGCCAGAUUCCCGGAGCGAUUUAGAUUCGUUGCUCGAUCCCUCCAUCGAUCCUUCGGUCAGCGCCGAUUACAUCUUUGGUGAUGAGGGCCAGCAAUCCAAAGGCAACCUCUUUGGGUCCCAUGCCGCCAAUCGUCGCAUCCGCCCUUUAUCUGUAUUCAGUGUGGCAAGUGCAACAUCAUCUGCUCGGGAUGAUGAUACGAUGGUUUCUAUGCUGGGUGGAGGGCAUGUCAGUCGCAAACUCCUUGGUGACUCUUUCACAUCUUCCCCUGCCUUUAAAGCCAGGCAGAAGCGUCCAGCAUUCCGAGUCAGAGUUGAUCGUAGCCCAUCUAACGAGCAUUUAAUAAAGGGUAAACCAAGCGUCGCGUCCCAAUCACCCUUGAAGUUUGGUUCAGAGCGCAUGGUCAAAGCGAACCAAGGUCUCCUCGAGCGGCAAAGCCUUGAAGCUGGCGCUCUGACUGCGAACGCGGAGGGUUCUGAGGUUUCCAUGGAUGUUUCUGCAUGCAACUUUUCUCGUCCCGCCACAGCCAAGUUACAGCGAAACAUCUUUGCUCAAAGCCUGACCUCAAAUGAGUCUCAUUCUCGUCCGACCACCAUUGUAUUGACGACCGCCGCUCCAGACACUCCCCCCACCACCGACUGUAGCGAUUCAGGUUCUCAAUCGAGCAUUGACCUGACUCGACUAAGUGUAGCUCUGAAUGGGUCACGCCCUUCCAGUAUGGCCUCCUCAUCCUCAGGAAAUCGGAUCAGGGCAAGGGGACAGGGCCAUCGACGACGGUCUGUCUCUCGUGGUUCCAGAGUCGAGACUAUCAUGGAAGAAGUUCCUGGCCUUGCUUCUCCGUACUCAUCCGGGAGUUCUGUAUCUAGUCUGGUGUCGACAGUACCCUCAAUGCGGUUUGAGAUUGUGAAUGCCAAGACAGGCGAGCCUGAAGUUGAUGUCGUGGAAUGGGAUAACGAUGACAGCAGCACUGAGAUUAUGCGCCGGUAUCAUGCUUUACGCAAAGAGGCUUUCGAUAUCGUUCAGCAGAGUAAGCACGACUGGGCUGACACCGACUUCUCACGCUUUGCAUUGGCUUCAUUUAAACCUCCUCAAGAACCUGCCGCCCUUCGGGCCUUUUAUGAUUAUUCUGUGAGGACUUACACGCACUUGCCGUCUGAGUUGUGCCACAGACGACAGCGGCGAAACUCUCGCCCAAGCCCAUAUGGCUCACGUACUCCAAAGAAGGGGUUUGCUCCUCGCCUUCCCAGGCAGCACCACAGCCGAACUGAGAGCAUGGAACAAGCAUUUACAUGCAUUUCGCCUCCUGCUUUGGCUGUCAUCCCACCAACAUCCCCAUUUGCGAUUGAUCGUUCCUUCUCUACCGUUGGUCUUACCCCCUUACACCCGAAUUUGCCAUUGCAGACUAUAGACCCUCUCGAGACUCGUCAACUAACUAAAGUAGCGGAAACAGAUACCUGCAAGCCUAGGCCGCGUCAACGCGUGGCCUCCAAAACCCGUCGGAGUGCCCUUGGGUGGAGCAAACAACGCGGUACUGAGCCAGUCAAACACGUUCAGGCAGCUUCCCCUUUAAAGAAGUCUGCGACUGCUAGAUUGAAAGAGAAUAUUGAAGAUGUUAGAGGUGAAGCCAUGGGACUUGUCAUGAGCCCAACCGGUUCUCUUCGCCUCUCUCGCCCUCGUCCCAAGAGCAGACCUCAAUCCAUGCUUUCCCGGCCUUGAUACGUGGCUCAGGCAUGUUGGGUUCUACUGUUUGUGAAGUGUGGGUUCAUCGGAACACAGUCCUCGGAAACCUUGUAUCAAAUGUGACUGUUGUAGCAUGCUUGCAGAACUUGUCUCGACCUUGAAUUUAUGAUUAAUCGCCCGGUGCGAUCCUUCAAUGUCCAACCCAAUUUUGAAUGAUCUAUUCCGAUGCGAGAUUCUGCCGAGGCCAGGAGCAUUUCAAGGUGAAAUAAAUACACGACAACCUUCUCACCCGGACUUGUCGGCAACGAGUCAUCCUUAGUCUGCCUAUGUACUUGUUUGAAUCGAAC